UCGUGUGUUUACGUGGAGAAACAUGGCGGCGAGGGUGACAGCAAAGCCCGAAUAAAACACUGGAGAAAUCCCACAGAUUUACCGUCCGAGCCGAAGCGGACGCACGUGUCAGCGCUCCGCGUUUGGCGCUAGGCGUGUAUGCGUGCGUGUGGCGCUUUUAUGACGCGCGUGUGUCCGUGUUUAAGCCGCAGGAACCGCGGAGAGGAUGGAAGACGAGGAGCGACAGAAGAAACUACAGGCCGGCAAAGCCAAGCUUGCAGAGUACCGGCAGAGGAAAGCUCAAUCCGAUGGCCAGAAGAAGCAGAAGAAGAAGAGAAAGAAGCCAGAAUCGGAUGCAGAGGAGCAGGGGAGAAAUGAGGGAGAGGAGACCACCGUGUUUUCCCUCUCAAAGACCCUCCGGAGCGGAGAAACCGUCACACACGACCAGACCUACACCAUAGUGCCUGAGAGUGAAGUCUCAACGACAGCUGAAGACUGUUCAUCUGAGGUAAAUGGUUUCCACGAGAGGACAGAGAGUGAUCUGGCGUCCUCUGUGAUCGGGGAGGAAGAUCUGCAGCGGUCUGAAGCGCACAUGGAGCCUGACCUACAGAGCGGCGGCCCUCAGAGCCGCAUUCAGAUCAUGGAGGACGAGUUAGCCGCUAAGAGCAUGGCCAUGGAGGAGCUGAGCCGCGAGCUCGAGGAGAUCAGGGCCACGUUUGGAGCUGAUGGAGUGCAGCAGCUGCAGGACUUCGAGGAGGCGCUGAAACAGAGGGAUGAAAUCAUCACGCAGCUCACCGCCAAUCUGCAGCAGGCGCGGACCGAGAAGGAGGAGGUGAUGAGGGAGUUCCUGGAGCUGACGGAGCAAAGCCAGAAACUCCAGAUUCAGUUCCAGCAGCUGCAGGCCGGUGAGAUACUGCGGAGCUCCAACAUCAGCUCCACCGCUGCAGAUCUUCUCCAGGCCCGUCAGCAGAUCACGCUGUACCAGCAACAGCUGGACGAGAGGGACGCACAGGUCAGAGGUCACCAGGAGAAGACGCAGGAGCAGCUUUUAUUGAUCGCGCAGCUUCAGGAGAGGGUCCGCACACAAGCUGAAGAGUCGUUUGCUCAGAGUUUACGAGAGAAGGACCUACUGAAUACUGAACAUCAGCGUCUGAUAACACAGCUUAACGAUCAGCUUCUGACUUCCAAACAGCAAGUGGAGGAAUUCAACAAACAUCUCGCUGCGAAAACUCAAGAGCUGGACAACUGCGAAAAAGAGCUCUCCACGUCCAGACAGAAAGAGCGCAUGUCAUCCGGAGAAAUCCUGCAGCUCAUGAAAACCGUCGAGGACCUCCAGCAGCGCUGCCACCAGGGAGGCCAGUCGGAGAGCGAGACGCUCCGGAGAAUCGAGGACAACUGGAGCCAACGGAUGGAGCAGCUGCGCGCCGAACUGGACGAAAUGUACGGUCAGCAGAUCGUGCAGAUGAAGCAGGAGCUUCGCACGCAACACGCAACGGAGGUGGAGCGAAUCCGAGCGCAGCAUUGCUCGGAAACCGAGAAGAUCGUCCGGCAGCAUCGGUCAGAGCUGGAGAGGUUUAAAGCUCAACUGUUUCAGAGCGCCGGAGGUGUUAACGUGCUAAACGUGAAGCUCAUCGAGCUCCAGCAGAAGCUGCAGGAGACGCAAGUGUUGCGCGAAAAGGCGGAGCAGGAACUAACGCAGGUGAGCACAGAAAAACUCGGUUUGGCGCAGGAGGUGGAGCGUUUGCGCGACGAGCUGCAAAGAGCGGAAAUACAGAGCCCAGAGAAAAUGCAACACGCUAUUAGCGACCUGCAGGCGCAGCUCGAUUUAGCGCAUAAAGCCAACGGCGAACUAGAAGCCAAGCACGAAUCGGAAAUCACCAACUAUAAGAUCAAACUCGACAUGCUGCAGCGGGAGAAAGACGCGGUGCUAGACCGCAUGGCUGAAUCGCAGGAGUCGGAGCUGGAACGCCUGCGAACGCAGCUUUUGUUUAGCCAUGAGGAGGAGCUCUCCCGACUUCGCGACGACCUCCAGCGGGAAAGCCAUCUCAACGUGGAGAACCUGCGCGACGAGUUGGGUGUGAGGCACCACGAGGCUUUGGACUGUUUCGAGGACAAGCUGCGGUCGGUGGAGCGAGAGAAAGCGGCGCUGGCGGCGGAGAGACUCGCGCUGCUCGAGGAGAUCGUAGCAUUGAAAAACGACCUGAAUCGGGCGACGGAAAGCGCGAGAGCCGAGGAGCUGGUCGUGCAGCUGAAGGAGCUGCAGGUGGAAGUCGGAAGCGAAGAAAAAGACUUGCAGGCAACCGCGAGGGACGAGCUGACAGUGCUGAAGAACGAGCGUGAAAACCUUCUGCAGAAAAUCGCCCGCCUUUCCUCGGACAACGAACAGAUGUGCGCGCGACUGAAAGAGCUUCGGGAGGAGACUGAAAAGCAGAAAAACACGUUCUCCUUCGCUGAGAAGAACUUCGAGGUGAACUACCAGGAGCUGAAGGACGAGUACACGUGCCUGGUGAACGCUAAACUACAGCUAGAGCAGCGCUUGGUCAGAGAAGCCAUGGAAUAUGAGACCAAACUCAGAGAUCUGCAAACGAGACACGAGGAGGUGGAUGGGAAGACACCGAUUGAAAAAGACACCUCUGAGCUGAUGGAGAAGCUGGAGACGGCUGAGAACGAGAAGAAGAGCUUAGCAGAGCGUCUCUCGAUGAUGCAAACGGACAUGAAACGUCUCGAAGACGAGCUCAAGAAGACACUGAUUGAAAAAGACACCUCUGAGCUGAUGGAGAAGCUGGAGACGGCUGAGAACGAGAAGAAGAGCUUAGCAGAGCGUCUCUCGAUGAUGCAAACGGACAUGAAACGUCUCGAAGACGAGCUCAAGAAGACACUGAUUGAAAAAGACACCUCUGAGCUGAUGGAGAAGCUGGAGACGGCUGAGAACGAGAAGAAGAGCUUAGCAGAGCGUCUCUCGAUGAUGCAAACGGACAUGAAACGUCUCGAAGACGAGCUCAAGAAGACACUGAUUGAAAAAGACACCUCUGAGCUGAUGGAGAAGCUGGAGACGGCUGAGAACGAGAAGAAGAGCUUAGCAGAGCGUCUCUCGAUGAUGCAAACGGACAUGAAACGUCUCGAAGACGAGCUCAAGAAGACACUGAUUGAAAAAGACACCUCUGAGCUGAUGGAGAAGCUGGAGACGGCUGAGAACGAGAAGAAGAGCUUAGCAGAGCGUCUCUCGAUGAUGCAAACGGAGCUGGAGAUGCUGAAGAGAGACAGAGACGAAGAGCUCUUCGACUGCAGCGUUGCUGGUGGGCUGUGCUCAGUGGACACACAUCACGGUCACAUCAGAUCUUUGCGGGAGGAACUGGAUGCCUUGCAAGACGAGGAGCGCCUCGAAGCAGCGCAGCCGCAGCCGCAGGAGGGGAGGGAGAGAGAGACGCCUGCGAGUACUCCAGCGCGCCGGCUCGCUUUACACACACACACAGCAACAGCAGCAGCAGCGCAUGAGGAUCAGCUCUCAGCGCCCGACCGACUCCCGCAGCAGGUGGAGACGGGAGACGCUCUGGCCGAUGGAGACGCUGUCGGAGCCUCGCUCAUGAUGCAGCCGCGAGAAAUGGACGGCGCUGAGCAUGAUGAGUGUCGUCUGCAGCUGGAGGCUCAGCGCAUCAGUCUGUCUCAGAUCCACGCCGCUCAUCUCGAGCUGCUCAGAGAGAGUCUUUUUGCGCAGACACAGGUGCAGCUGCAGGAGCUGCGGGACGCAAACGAGCAGCAGCUGCGGCGCUUGAGGAGAGAGCAGCAGGGAGUCAACGGUCAUCCCGCAGAGCUGAAGGCAGAGUUUGAGGAGUGUUCGGCUCGUCUGGAGGAGAGACAGCGGCAGGAGAUCGAGCGGCUGAAGAGCUACUAUCAGCAGCAGAUGAAGGAGACGCAGGAGCGCUUCACAGCCGAGAUCCUCCUGCUGCAGAGCAGACUCCAGGAGCUCACAGGAGCCCACCAGCUCUUCAGCAUGCCGAGCGUCUGUCCGCUGCGGACGAGAGACGAGCGCCGUGAUCGUCUUCAGGAUGAGGAUGAGGAGCGUGUCUCUGUAGAUGUGGCGCGGGAGCUGCAGGCCGGCCGGAAAGCCUCGUACGAGAGGUCGUGUGAGGAGCUGGAGACACUGAGAGACGUGGUGGAGCGACGGGGCGCCUCUCCUCCGGAGGAAACCGAUCUCAGGCGCUUGGAGGAGGAGAUCGCCAAGGUGAUCGUGCAGAUGUCGGUUGAGUUCGCCCAGCAGACCGAAGAGGCCCGGAUCAGAAAACAGACGCGAGAGACGAGCAUCGGCACGCAGACAGACAACAGCGAGGAUGAGGAGGACCGACUGAACUCUGAGAGCGUGAUGAAGAGGGAUCUGGAGCUGCAGCAGGUGAAGGAGAGAGAAGACGAGACUGAGAGACGGAGAGAUGAACACCGGCUUCCCAGCAUGCAAAGCUGCGGCACUCAGACCCAGCAGACGAGAGAGGAGGAGGAGGAGGAGACGAAGGUCAGAGGUCAGGGAAGAGCCGUGACCUCGCAGCCACACACACAGGACCCAGAGCUCUCGUCUGAUGUCAUCACCACUGAGAGGGAUGUGCUGCGUAAAGCGAACACUCGUCUGCGUCAGGCUCUGACUGAUGUGCUGAAGACGACGGCGGCGGCGGAGGAGACCAUCGGCCGUCAUGUGGAGGGCAUCCUGGAGGCAGGACCUGCUAGAGAGGGUUUCCACGGCAACGAGACGGUCGCCGAUGAUCUCUGCAUGUUUUCAGGAGAGACCGAGACGGACGAAGGCCUGGAGGUGUCGCUGAGGAUCAAGGGGGCGGAGCUACAGCUGCAGGAGGCGGAGCUUCCGCUGGAGAGGGAGGAGUUUCUGAUGAGCAUCAGCACUCGACUGCAGAGCGCCGUGGAGAAGCUGCUCAUCACCAUCACUGAGACCAGCACUCAGCUGGAGCAUGCGCGGAUCACGCAGACGGAGCUGAUGAGAGAGAAGUUCAGGCAUAAUGAGGAGAUGGAGGAGCUGCAGCGCAGACAGGAGGAGCUGCAGGAGCGUCUGUGUGAGGAGGAGCGAGCUCGGGAGCAGCUGGCACUGGAGCUGCACAAGGCUGAAGGUUUGAUUGACGGCUACACCGGCGAGCGUCUGGCUCUGGAGCAGCAGAUCCGCGAGCACGCCGAGCUGCAGAUGCAUCUGGAGCAGGAGCUGACGGCGACCGCUAGCCGUCUGCGUGAACUCGAGCAAGAGCGCCAGCAGAUACAGGACGAGCGCGAGCUGCUGUCACGCCAGCACGACGCCAUGAGAGAAGGGGCGGGGCCUCGAGAGCUGCGACUAGUUGAGGCUGCUCUUGACGCAGCACCUGAAGCAGACCUGCUGGAGGAGACGGAGAAGCUGAUGGCGGAGAAGGUGGAGGUGCAGCGUCAGGCGCAGAAGGAGAGCGGCGAGCUGCUGCAGCAGGUGAAGCAGCUGGAGGCGGAGCUGGAGGAGCAGGUGAGCCGUCUGCAGGAGCUGCAGGAGACGCACAGCGCCGAGACGGCAGACCUGCGGCAGCAGAUACAGGCCUUAGAGAAGCAGCUGGAGAAGAACCGCAAGUUCAUGGACGAGCAGGCGGUGGACCGCGAGCACGAGCGAGACGUCUUUCAGCAGGAGAUUCACAACCUGGAGCAGCAGCUGAAGAAUCCCGCCAAAACACAGACAGGAAGUGACCGGCGGGACAGAGAGGUGCAGGAGCUGAGCGCGGCGCUGCAGCAGAAGGCAGACUGGUGCAGUGAGCUGCGGUUGAGCUCGGAGCAGCUGCAGAGAGAUGUGUGUGAGAGAGACGAGGAGAUCGAGACGCUGGGAGCGCGUGUGAGGGAGCUGGAGCACACGCUCAUGCACAGGGUUGAGGAGGUCCAGCAUGUGUCUAUGGAGGGCAGAGGAGACGUCACACUGGAAGCACAGCUGCAGACAGAGAGAGAGGCUCUGGACAGGAAGGAGAAAGAGAUCGUGAAUCUGGAGGAGCAGCUGGAGCAGUUUCGUGAGGAUCUGGAGAACAAGAGCGAGGAGGUGCAUCAGCUCCACAUGCAGCUGGAGAUCCAGAGGAAGGAGAUCAGCAGUCAUCAGCAGGAUCUGCAGGCUCAGGCCCGGCUCGCUCAGGUCUUGGAGGAGAAGGACAGGCAGAUAGCCGUCCUUAACGAGCAGCUCGCUAAGUGUCAGCGCACGGGAACAGACCCUAAGACAGAGGUGGUGGAGGAGAAGGACGAGGUUCUGCGUGAGCUGGAGGCGCAGGUGGAGUGUCUCCGGAGCGAGCAGGAGCGUCUGAAGAGGAACAGCGAGGAGGAGGUGGAGCAGCUCAACGCCGUCAUCGAGAAGCUCCAGCAGGAGCUGUCGCUCAUCGAGCACAAGCAGCCGCAGGACGAGAGCGACGAGAUGAAGCAGAGGAUGGACGAGCUGAAGUCUGCCCACCGCUUGCUGCAGAGCCGAUACGAGCGUCUGCAAGGGGAUCUAGAGGAGGCUCUGCGGGAGAAGACCGCUGCGUUUGUGGUGCUCCAGGCUCAGGUGCAGGCGCUGGAGGAGAGCGCAGGGUCACAGGUCAUGAGCUUGAGUAGGCGCGUGGAGGAGAAGGACUCGGAGCUGCGCGCGUGCAGGUUGAAGCUGGAACAAGUGCAAACGGACGCCGUCGCUCUUAGCGCUAAAGUGGCUCAGCUGGAGGAGGAACUCAGGGAGAAGGUGGCCGCCGUUCUGGUCAGCCAAGCACAACUGGAAGCCGUCCAGACGCAAACCAAAGAGCUCCGCGCAGGAGAAGCCAUGGGCCCCAGCGCGCAGCUGCACUCAGAGGGCCUCACGGCGCAGGCAGCCUCCGCAGGGAAGACGAGCCUGCUGACGGAGAAGCUGAAGGAGCUGGAGGAGGGUCUGAGCGGGAUGCAGAAGGACCAGGAGCUGCAGAAGCAGCUGUUGAGCAGCUCUGAGGAGGAGGUGAUGGAGUACGAGAGGAGGUUAGCCGUGAUGAUCGACCUACUGAACCAAAUGAGAACCAAACCAACCCAUCCCAGACCGCUGCCGCCCGCUGAGGUGCGUCACUGCUGUAUUGAGGAGAGAGAGAUGAGCAUCGCUCUGCUGAAGGAUCAGCUGCACAGGGCCUCACAGGAGGGCGACGAGCCCACGGCGGAGCUGCUGCUGGAGCUGCAGGAGGUCAAAGGUGAAGCGGCCGCCACCAAAGAGAAGCUGAGGAGCUCCCGGGAGCACAGCCUCAAACUGCAUGCAUCACGUUAA